AUGGUGGGUAGGUCCAAGAACAAGUUCACCAUGAAGACAAAGUAUGGAGCAGCAGUCGCACCCGUCUUUCUCCUUGCUAGUGCCUAUGUUGCUUGGAGCUACAUAAAUCGUCGCUUAUGGAGGAAGAAAGAUGAUAACAAUGGUCGAGGGAUCAGAAAUAGUAUCGGCAAAAGCGUUGUAGAACAAAGAAAAGAAGAUAAUGUGAAAAAAAUCGGUAAGGAGGCUUCAUUAAAAGGAAGAGGAAGAGAUCAGAGUAACCUAUCAAGAUCUGUUUCGAUGGGGGCAAUUCGAGGAGGAAAAUUGGCAUUGCAGAGACUGCUUGAUUUGCACUCAUAUCGCCUUGAUACUUCUUCCCUUGUGAAUGCUGAGAUCGAAUUUGAAUCAUUGCUUUCCAAAGAAAAGCCGGAUUUCGGGUUGCUUCAGAGAGACAUCGUGAAGAUGGAAAUGAGUGGAAAAGAAGCAAAAGGAGUGGAGAUAUUAAAGAAAGCAUUGGAGAAAGCAAGAGAAGAAGGAAGAAGUCAUGAGGCUUAUGAGAUUGAGAUGUUGCUUGUAGAGAUGUUGAUCUACUUGGGAAACACUGAAGAGGCUUCAAAAUGUAAGUGUUUAGAGGAUGAAGUCAUAACGGAUGCAAGACGUCCUCUAUACAAGGCAAACUAUAAUCCAUUACCUCCGAGGAGAUACUGAGAAAGAAGUAGAAGAGACAUUCAACAGGUUCAGAGAGAUUCAGGUUGGUUUACAAUGGCCUGGAAGCUCAGAAGAAUGUGGGAUUCAAGAAUUCACAUUAGAUGAGUUCAAGAAAGUAAUGGAGUCUCUCAAGCAAGAAAUCGAGGACAGCAAGAAAAGACAAAUCCUAAACUCAACUCCCAUGUUAGUCAAACAAAAUUGAAGUAGACCACGAG